CUCACAGCCAUUUCUGUUUGGCGCGUUCGCUGUUUUCGUAGGCUUUAAAAUCAAGUUCAGUCCUUGUAGUAAGGGGCCGGGUCAAGUAUGUUCCCAUCAAGAUUCUUGUGGGCGCUUAUGAUUCUGGCCCCUCAACACAGCGUCGAGGGAAAACGCAUUAAUACUUUUGCCGGACCAUUUAUUGCGUUUGCGAGGAGUUUCGGGAGAUGCGACUCGCAAGAAACUUAUACACUCGACUUACGUCCAAGUCACUUCAAUCCCUUCAAACCCUUUGAUCUUCAGACAGUUUCGGGGAAUCUGAGCUUCAAGAAAGAGUUGGAUGACAACGUCUGGAUUCGUGUCAGCAUGGCACUUCGCGCGAACAACGAGUGGAAAGAGAAUGCAUUUAAUUUCAAUUUUCCCGGCAAUGCCUGUUCUACGAUACGAGAACAACUCCCCUCCCUCUUCCACCUCUUUGCGAAGGCCACCAACUCAACGCCGGCAAAAGACAGAAGGCAACCCUGCGUAUUCCUAAGGGGAUCAAACACCAUCAAGAACGAACCGAUGAAGUGGGAAUUUCCCAAAUUCAAGAUCAUCCCUUAUGCCCGCUACAAGUUUCGAUGUGAACGCUAG